AGUGAAUGCAGGGUCCGGGGAGAGCGGAUAUAUAGUGAAUGCGGGGUCCGGGAGAGCGGAUAUAGUGAAUGCGGGGUCCGGGGAGACCGGAUAUAGUGAAUGCAGGGUCCGGGGAGAGCGGAUAUAGUGAAUGCGGGGUCCGGGGAGACCAGAUAUAGUGAAUGCGGGGUCCGGGGAGAGCGGAUAUAGUGAAUGCGGGGUCCGGGGAGACCGAUAUAGUGAAUGCGGGGUCCGGGGAGACCAGAUAUAGUGAAUGCGGGGUCCGGGGAGACCAGAUAUAGUGAAUGCGGGUCCGGGGAGAGCGGAUAUAGAAAAUGACAUCCCUCUGCUGUACAUAGCCUGUGCAGAGAGCAGAGCUGUGGGAGGGACCAGCUGCCACCAGAAAGCUGCAGCACGGGGCGGAGACAAGACCAGUCUCCCUGCAGAAGGAGAGCGAGCGGCGGUGAGC